AAACCACAUCCCUGAGCACCUCAUCUACCUGUCUUUUAAAUACAUCGAGGAAUGGGGACUCAGCUGCCUCCCUGGGCAGCCUGUGCCACUGCCUGAUAACCCUUUCAGUGAAGAAACUUACUGAUGUCCAGCCUGAACCUCCCCUGGCACAGCUUGAGAUGGAUGAAGUUGUGGAUGGUCCAUCCCUGGAGUUUCCCAAGGCCGGGUUGGAUGAGGCUUUUAACAACAUGGUCCAGAGGGGGGGUGUCCCUGUCCAUGACAGGGGAGUUAGAGCUGAAUGGUCUUUAAGGUCCCUUCCAAUCCAAACCAUUCUGUGAUUCUGUGCAUGUGGCCAAAGAGCUAAACUGGGCUCCCAGGGAAGCCGUAUGUUAGUGUUAAAAUGUCCAGGCUGUGCCAUUGUCACUGUCCCACACAUGUGGGUGCUCCUCCUUGACUUCCCAUACCUGAGGGUCAAGUUGUGUGCAGUCCUGAUUUUGUUAGUGGGCAUAAGCACCAUUUAAUGCAUGAUGAGAAUAUGGACUGCAGGCUUUUCAGCUGGUAGCCUUCCUUGAGAAUGGCUGCAGGUAGGCAUGAUUACUGUAGGCAGUAAAUACAUUACAUUUCCUAUUAAAAGUCAGUAAAAUAGUGUUGCAACUUGGGGAGCCUUGGGAACUUGGUAAUUGUGAGAAGAGCAGAGUUUUGAAAGAGAAGACACCAUUUGCAUGUGCAGGCCAUGCACUCUUUUCCCUUGACAGAAGGGCAGGUGACACAAAGUACUUGAACUUAGUACUUUUAAGUAAUAAAAGUAGAUCUCGAUAAUCGAGUUCUCAUGUUGCUGCAAAGGUGAAAAUGGCCCUUUUCUUACACUUUGUCACAAUAUUGUGACUGCAAGUGUAGUUGCUGUUAGCAACUUAUAGUAAUAAGACUUUGAUUUGCAAAUUAAACUUUAGAUUAUGCUAAUUAAAAAGUCUCAUUUUGAGGACAUACGAAAAUGUAAAUGAAAUUGAAAGGUGUCUGGCACAUUUUCUGGCUUCAUAAAUGUAAUGCAGCACCAAUCUAAAAUACUUGGAUAUUGCUAAUCCUGUGGCAGUAUGACCCUUCCUAAAGAAAUCAGAAACCACGUAACACAGGGGUACGCCUCAGAACACAAGAAACUUUAAAGUGCUUGUUGGAAUUCUUAUGCUUCCUGUCGGAAGUGUGGUGCAGAAAUCACACAGAUCUUUCUGAUAAGUGCAUUUCCCUUUAAGGUGGUUUAAGGUUUUUAGAGUCAAUUCUUCAUCUGUCCACAGUUGUUCUGCUUUUCAUAUGAAGUGCAUAAAUUUACUAAAGAUGAUUUGUUUUAAUGCCAGCGGUAGAAAGUUGGGGGAUGUGUUUGGAAUGGGAUGGUAAACUGGGAAAAAACAUCAACUUCUUUAAAUAAAUAAUGAGUGGACUGUAGUGGUACUGGUCACCACAGCUCCAGACAGAUGUUCCAGAACCAGAGCUGUAAAAGGCAGCACAGAAAGAAGGAACAAAGUUGCUUGUGCUGGAUGCCCCGAUAGAGACAGAGAAGAGUUGGAAUUCAUUGGUCAUCGAUGGAAAUGUCAGAAGAUGAUAGUAAUAUGGAAGAAUACCCCACUGAAAUUCAUGAUUAUCUUGCAGCAUUUGAAAAAUCUCUUGGUUCUGUAGAUGAGAUGCUGAAAACAAUGAUGUCAGUUUCCAGGAGUGAGCUUCUCCAAAAGUUAGAUCCUCUUGAGCAAGCAAAGCUGGAUUUGGUUUCGGUGUACACAUUAAAUUCAAUGUUCUGGGUGUAUUUGGCUACUCAGGGAAUCAACCCAAAGGAACAUCCAGUGAAACAAGAACUGGAGAGAAUAAGAACAUACAUGAACAAGGUCAAAGAAAUAGCAGACAAGAAAAAAGCAUCCAAACUUGAUAAAGGAGCUGCUUCUAGAUUUGUGAGAAAUGCACUCUGGGAGCCAAAGGAUGAAAGUGAACAUACCUCCAAAACUCCUGCUAGAGGAAAAAAAAGAAAGAUGGACUAAAUCUUUGUUUGCCGUUAUAUAAACUAGAGACACCUAGAACUUAUUUCAAAAUGUAUUCUGCAUCUUGCAGAGGUGUUGUAGAGCAACAUCUUGAUUAAGUUAUACUUGAGAAUUUUGCAAGGCUUUAUGUUGUUGAGAAACACUUCUUACUAAGGUAAUCACAUUGUAUGUGUAUCUGAAAGUGCCAUUUGAUGUAAGAGAGGUAACAUGUCAUUAUUCAAAUGGCCUGACAUACACUUGCUGGUAAUAGAUGCUAGUGAUGUUUUGCUCGUAAUGCCUAAGAAUUCUUUUUUUUUUUUACUAUUGAGUGAUUGAUGCUUUUUUAUAUGUUCACAAUCUGAAUAUUAAAAAGUCUCAAACAAUGCUGUCUAGUCUGUGGUCUUUAUACAAGAGCUAUAUUUACUUUCUCAUUACAUCGCUAUGUGAAUACUGUAUUUGUAGAAUUUUGUAAGGUUUAUUCACUGUGUUAAACUGUUUCCUUUUCAGCUUCUGAACUUGAAUGCAUGCCAUCUUCCCUUACUUCUUUUGCCUCGGAGAAAACCGAGCUUCAAGGGCCACAAGUAACAGUGUGGGUUCCACUAAACCACUGUGUCUAGUCAAUGGAAAAAUAUAUAUCCUAUAUAUAUGUAGGGCCCGAGAAAAGGAUGAGGCUGCGAACAGCUAUUGGGAAGCAGCAUGUGCGGGGCCUUGAUUGAAAUUUUGGCUGUAGCGCUCAUCUCUUAAUACUGAUUCUGUGAGAGAGAGAGAUGUGCUCUGAAGUGGUAGGACUGUGGUCAUCUAUUGCUAUUCCUCAAGUUUCAUUGGGGAAAGCAUUCUCUGGUGCAGUAAGAACUACCCCGUCUUGCAAAUAUUCUGUUUUCCUUAAAAUGUGAAGCUUAGCCAUUUAAAAGAGGAGGGGUGUCAGUUUCUUCGGAAGAACCUUGCUAGUUCAUUUUUCAAUACACUGCAAAGCAGAAGUCAACUAUCUGCUCAAAAGCUAUUUAACAAUUAGCAGUAACCUAACUACUUAUAAACAACUUAUUUCACCAAAAUGCAAUUUAGGUAGCAGUGUACAAAACUGGUCAGAAAUAGUGUAAAAGACCACAUGAUAAGAACAAAUUAAUCCAGUAUACCUGUAGUACUGCAAGUUGAAUAAUGUACAGUGGAUGGUGACUGUCCUUGUACUGUUGUACUGCACCGUGCAAUGCAAAAUAUGCUAUAAAUUGAAUUGGGUGCUAAAAUGAAGAUUCUCUUGUCAUUGACUACCUAAAUAUAUAUAUUUCAAAGUAAAAGUUCAAUAAAUUGACAAGUUGCAUAUCUCUAGUAACUACUGGUAUGAAUUUACAGUUUUGUUUAUGAUAAACUCUUUGAAUAAAAACAACAAUUCCUUCAAUCCA